AUGGGGAUUGUUGGAAAUCUCAGUUCAGACCAACUCCAAUUCUUCAAUUCUCAGGGGUAUCUGGUGAUAGAGUCAUUUGCAAGCCCUGAAGAGAUAAAUAGCAUGAGGAAGAGGAUGGACCAGUUGCUUGAUGAGUUUGAUUGCUCUUCCAAUGCCUCAAUUUUCUCCACCAAGAACCUGCAAAAGUUGACUGAUGACUACUUCUACGAGAGCGCCGAGAAGAUUUCAUUUUUCUUUGAAGAGAAAGCUUUUGAUGACGAUGGUCACUUAAAGCAGCCGAAGCAACUAUCGAUCAACAAAGUUGGGCAUGCAUUACAUGAGAUUGACCCAGUAUUUAAGCAGUUUUCUGGCUCAGAGAAAGCAUUUGGCUUAUUGUGCUCGUUGGGUUACAGGAGGCCAGUGGUCAUUCAGUCAAUGUACAUAUUUAAGAUGGCCUUGUGAGAAGAUUCAUUAGA